AUGGCGAUUUUCGCUCUCUCCUCUGUUUCUCCGGUGGGCAAGUCCACCUUCUCUCCUGUUCCCAACGUCAGCAGAGCUCCUCGAAUCAGGGUCUCCGCCUCUGCCGUGGCGGUAGCCGCUCCGGCGGCACCGACUACCAUGUACGACCUUCUCUCCGUGUCCCACACCGCCGGGGCCAGUGAGAUCCGGGCCGCCUACAGGCGGGUGGCCCUGCGGUGGCACCCGGACGCUUGCCGCUCCGCAGGGGACGAGCGCCGCUACGCGGAGCGAUUCAUGCAGGCACGGGAGGCGUACGAGGUUCUCUCCGAUCCCGCCCUCCGCCGCAACUACGACCUCGGGCUCUCCGGCGACCGCUGGGCCGCCGCCGUCGGCGCCGCCCCGGCCUUCCGCGAGGGGCGCGAUCGGCGGCGAGAGGGAGGAGUGACGGGCUUCGGGAACUGGGAGACGCAGCUGGAUGAGCUCCUGCGCCGGUCGGCCGUGGCGGAGAACGGCGCCGCGGAGGAGACCUGGGGCGGCCGCGCGCGGAGGGCCUGCGGCGCGUAG